UAAAGUCUUGUAUCAAAAAAAUCAAAUACACUUGCCUUAGUUAAACCAGAACAAUCUUAUGUUUAUUACCUAUAAAAACAUUCUAUAGAUUUUCUUCGUUAGACACCAACCAAACAAGCAAGUAUGAUGCCGCAAGGUUUUCCUCCAAUGGAUUACUCUGUGGAUGUGAGCUUAGAGAUGGAGGUGACUAAAAACUGCGAGCUUUGUGAACAAAAAGUCACGGGAAUUAUGCAAUCUAUCAUCGCGGUUUACUCUGUGAGUUUUGGCGAUAUAAUGAAGCUGGAGGCUAGAGCUAACCCUAAUUUGUUUAUGGCGGUUAUUAUAAAGUAUCGCGAUCACGCUAAGGUCAACAGGCUCCACUUUGAAGGCGCACCUGUCACUCCUCAACCUGGAGAAGGAGGAGGAGGCUAUUACAACGCCCCUCAUGUUAAUUAUCCAUACCCUUAUUCUCCUUAUGCUCCUCCACAGCAGCAGUUUCUCGCGGGAAACUAUGGUUAUCCGAUGUUGAAGCAGCCGCCACCGCCGCAGAAGGAGAAGGAGGCUCCAGAGGGGGUGCAUAAGCAGCAGCAUACUGUGCCUCCUCCUUAUGCUAUGCAGCCGCCACCGCCAAUGCCGUUGUCUAGUUACUCUUACGUUGAACCUCCGUAUUGGCCGGUGGCUCCGCCGAGUGGUGGUAAGUGUGUGAUUAUGUGA